GGUGCAGGUCAAACCCAUGUAAAAUUUCGAAAUCCAGAAUAUAAAAACCCAUAAAUUUAGACUCACUAAUGAUUCGGAUUUUCGGAGAGACUUCAAAAUCAAAAUAUCUCUCUCUCUAUCGCUAAUGCUGGCGUAGAUCUCAAUCUGCAAUUUCCCAUUUCCGGUCGAGAUUCCCCUAAUUGAGCUGCGAGCACCGAAACUGGUUUCACUCGUUCACCAGAUCGAAUCCAAAAACAUGGGGAAUUCGUCGCCAUCGUAUAAAUUUCGAGGGAUAUCAUUCCUCGCCGCAUUUCUCCUAUUCAUAUCCCUCUCCGUUCCUCUAAUUUCCGCUCAGGUACAUGUUUUUGUUAUGAUUUUAUGUGUGCAUAAUUUGAUUAUGAUGCUUCGGAUUAAUUUAGGAGAAUGGAAGUGACGAGUCGAGUACUUCAAUUAAGGAUCUGGGCCGGCGUGAUAAUUGUGGACAGAAUAAAGACCGGUAUCAACGAAAAAAAUGAUCUUGAUUCUUAUGGUGUGGAUGUGGACUCUGGUCUUGGAAUCUUUGAUGCUUUCUUUGCUAGUUUAUCAAUGAUACUUGUCAGUGAGAUUGGAGAUGAAACGUUCAUCAUUGCAGCUCUCAUGGCUAUGCGGCACCCAAAGUCGAUUGUUCUAUCAGGUGCACUUAGUGCCUUGUUUGUGAUGACGAUACUUUCAACUGGUCUUGGUAGAAUUGUUCCUAAUCUGAUAUCGAGGAAGCAUACCAAUAGUGCAGCUACAGUUCUUUAUACCUUUUUUGGUCUCCGACUACUUUACAUUGCAUGGAGAUCUGACCCGAAAGGUUCCCAGAAGAAAGAAAUUGAGGAAGUAGAAGAGAAACUUGAAGCUGGACAGGGGAAGACAACUUGGCGACGUUUCUUUUCUAGAUUUUGUACACCAAUCUAUCUAGAGUCAUUUAUAUUGACAUUCUUGGCAGAGUGGGGCGAUCGCAGCCAGAUAGCAACAAUCGCUCUAGCCACACAUAAGAAUGCUGUGGGAGUUGCUGCCGGAGCUACCAUAGGGCACACCAUCUGCACGUCUGUCGCAGUGAUUGGUGGAAGUAUGCUGGCAUCUAAGAUUUCACAGCGAACCGUUGCUACAGUUGGGGGCCUGCUUUUCCUGGGCUUUUCGUUGUCCUCGUACUUCUACCCUCCUCUAUAAUGAUCGCAAGUUUUGUAGAUUAACUUGAUACUGCCUGCCUAGUCAUCAUUAUUCAACCAACUUUGUGUGCCUUCGUUUUGUAUAGAUUGGAAGUAUAUGUUUCCCAUCUUCGACACCAAUUUCAAAUUCAUUAUUAAUACAAUAGGUUACAAGUUGUCCAUA